AUGGGUCGUUUAACCAGUGGCUUUGUGUUGUUCUGCGGUGGUCUGAUGUUGGAACAUGAGCAAAGGAUGCACCGUCCAGAUAACAACACAGCGAAGGUGGUUCGUAAGGAUUUGGAGGAUUUAUUAAAGUUGUGGAAAACAUUGAUCAGCUGUUUAGUGGAUGCACCACUGUUAGUGGAUUCAUUUCAUCGUGCAGAAAACGAUAGAAAGUAUGAAGUAUGGUUAACGCUUGGAUUUAUUUCCCGAGAAGAUAAUUGA